AUGAUCUCAAAAUCACUUUUUAGCGCUUUAUUUUUGGUGUCCAGCACCUUAGCAAUCCAACUAUCUGAUGUCCUAUAGAAGAGCAGAGUUCAGCUUUAGUGGAAGCAAGAAGCUACAAACAAGUUUAGCUGGAAUGCUACAUAAGAAUUAAAAUGGUCAGUAGCGAAUGCAUUUAUUGAUGUGCAGACAUCACCAGAUGGAGAUGUUUAUGCAAUUCAAAAUAUUAGCUCAGAGAUGAGUUAGCCCAAAUAUCACAUCUACAUGUACGAUAUCACCACCAAUGUAUGGAAUCUCACUGAUCCCGCCUUCCAAGCAAAAGCUAUAAGAUUUGAUAGAUUAGGCUCCAAAUUUUAUCUUACUCCAGAAAAUUGCGUCCUCAAUAAUCAAAAGCAAACAUUAUUAUGUGGUGUCUCUGAUUUUGAGGUUACAGUAGACAAAAAGAUAUAUGGACUUAUUGAUAACUCAGGAAGAUAGCAAGCUGAUACACUUUCAAGUUCUAUAUGGAAGACAGCUUCGAAUGAUAGUAGCUACACCUACAAGGCUCUUGCUGGAUAUAAGGGAAUCACAUUACUUAAAGACCAACCCAUAUUAAUUAAUCAAGAUGGCAGAGUUGACGCUCAAUAUGGAUCAGAGAAACUUAUAAGUAUUAGUGCUGGUAUUGACGGCUCACUUUGGGCUCUUCUUGAUGAGAUCAAUGUCACUGAUUACACAGUCCUUAAGUGGCAGACUGUUUCUUAAAAAUGGUAUAAGAUUACAGGCGUCUCUGGAGUAAGUCUCUCAUCUUACAAUGAAAUUUCAGUGGCUAUAGUCGAUUCUAAGGGACUACUCAGUCUAUCAUCACAGGUUGGGCACUAAGAUGAGGCUGCUUAUGUUGUAGAGACUGCUCCACCUACUAUAGCUCCAUCAACAACCUAAUCACAGACAACUAUUCCUUAAACAACUAUUGCACCAACAACUAUUGCACCUACUACUAAUCCACCAACUACAACAGUGCCAACAACUGUUCCACCUCUUCCUAUUGUGCUUUCUCAACCAUCAAACUCUAUUCUUACUCAUUCAGACUUCAAGUGGCUCUAAACUGCUGUCACAGGCAAAAACUUCACAGAGUUUUCACUAUUAUUCUCAGCUACAAAAAAUACUAAAUCCCUUGCGGAAGCAGUUAAUACCAUUCUAGGGAAAAGUGACGUCUUCGUUUUAAUGAGAACAAACACUUCUGUAGUUAUAGGUUUUUAUUACAAAACAGCUAUUGCUUAAGCUAGUGAUAAUUAUUUAUCAUCAAAUAAUGAGCUAACAGCUUUAUUAUCUGUAACAAAGCAAUUACGCUUCAUGGGAAUCACUGAUUAAAAUCGUCACUUUGGACUUUUUAACAACAACAGGUAUAUUCUUCUUAAUGACUAAGGUGGAAUGACUUUUGGACUGAACUGCUAUGUUGAUUCUACUAUAGAUAUGACCUUAGGCAAAGAUCGUGUUAGAUAAUAUAAGAAUGUCUCUGGAAAUGCACUUUAUGAACCUAACAAUCAAUUAUCAAACAAUUCAGACAUUAAUAAUGAUUUUGUCGAAUGCUAACAGAUUGAGAUUUAUCAAGCUAAGCAAUGA